UCUUUAGAACGUUUGCCGGGGUUGAGGUACCCGGCGCGGGAGAAUACACCACCGUUUCGACGUCCAAAACAACACGAUAUAUAAGAGGUUAAUAUAGAAUUGAGGAGUUUAGGAGUCUAUAACAAGGAUGCCCUGUUUGUUAAGCGAAGUUCCAGUAAUCAAAGAGCACCCACAAUCCUGUUCGGUACAGCUCGGCAAGGACUGUAAACUGUUUUGUUAUGCUGUUGGUAAAAACCUUCGCUAUCGAUGGUACAAACGAUCCAAUCCAUUGGAUGGAGAGACCACUUCAGUUCUCCAUAUAAGGAAAGCAGACGUGAAUGCCGCUGGGAGGUACUCAUGUGUUGUAGCCAAUGAAAAGGGUUCUGUCGUUACCUGGGCAACCAUUGACGUAGUUUCAAUCAUAUCUUCUCCAAAGAUCAGAUGACGUAUGGCUUAAAUCACAAUAUCAAGACGUUUUGUGUAUUGACCUCCUUAAGAAGUACAAAGCUUUUGAAGAAAUCUUCUUCGAAAUUCAAUCUUUUUGGUUGUUCCUUAUCCAUCUUUAAAAAACAUAAGAUGCAUUUGCAAUUUCAAUAUGGGUGUGGACUUCACUGCAAUAGUGCGAUCUUCCAAGUCCUAUCAGCGUGCAUUCAAGACAUCAAAGCCUUUUUCUACUGUUAGAUUGCGAAGAAUUUGUUAAAACAUUGCUGGAAAAGUGAAUAAUAAAAAUACAAUGUUUAGACCUG